AGUACUGAAAAUUCCUCUUGAAGAGUUCUGUGCUACAUUCUUUACGGUGGAAAAUCUACCUGGAUCUCAUAACUGAAUAAAAAAAACACUGUGUUAAUAGUUUAGUCUCAGUAACUGCAAUGAUCACAGCAGAUAUGGGUCACAGCCACCUAAUAGCUGGUUUGACAAAGAUUAUGAGAUACCAGGAAACAAAAGAUCUGACCAUUAACUCUGAAGAACUCUUUGGAGUGAGACUGUGAAGCUGCUUCGCUCCUAGAAGCUUUAUUUUUCUGGGACUGCUCACUGACUGAAUCCCAGUAACAGCCCUUCACAUUGUUCUACUGAUUGAAAAUCUCUACCUGAAAAGAUUAGAAUUCCUCAGAGCUACUUAAUGAUCUCUCUGAAGGCUGAACUCCAGUUCUUACUUAACUUAGUUACUUUUACUGAUUUUACAGUCAUGGUCAAGUUUGGUUGAAUUUAAAGUGUUUCUUAAAACACUUUUUUAAAGUAACUCUUUACUGCUCUCUAAAUAAUAGACCUGUUAGUUUAUUAGACAGCCUAUCCAAAAUAUUUCUUGCUUCUUAAUCUGCAAGCUUGAGUACUUUUUUAGGCCAGCAUUUAUAUGUAGGGUUCAUCAACUAUGCCAUGCAGACUUUUGUUGUACUUUUUUUAUCACCACCUGGAAAAACCUUUUAAGAGUAAAGUAGUCUUUCACUCUAAAGUUAGGACCCAGUGCCAAGGUGAGUUCAUUAUAGACCCCUGGCACUUGAGACUUGUAGAGAGACUGUACUCUCAAAUCCUUUGAUAAUCAGAGUUGAAAACAAAAUUUAAAUUAAAAAGAAAAACUUACUGUACAAACGGUUAAUCACAAAACAUUGAAAGGUUAAAAAAAGAGAGAGGGGCCAGACACAGUGGCUCACGCCUAUAAUCCCAGCACUUUGGGAGGCUGAGGCAGGAGGAUCAUUUAAGUGCAGGGGUUCAAGACCAGCCUGGGCAACAAAGUGAGAACCUGUCUCUACAAAAAAAUAAGAAAAAUUAGCAGAGUGUGGUAGUACACGCCUGUAGUCCCAGCUACCCUAGAGCCUGAAGCAGGAGGAUCCCUUGAGCCCAGGAGUUUGAGGAUGUGCAGUGAGCUGUGAUCAUUGGACAAGACAGUGAGAUCCCAUCUCUUUAAAAAAAAAAAGAGAGAGAGGGAGAAUCAGAGUUGGUAAUAAUGGUCUCUUGACAGAACAAUGAAUAACAGGUAUUAUGGUAAAAUAGAAGUAUGUUCUGAUUCUCCUACUUUUAAACUUUAAUAAUCCAAACCUUUUUUUAGAUGAGCUAGAUAUAGAUCCUAUGACUAUAAAGAAUAGACAAGUAUUAUUUUACAUAAUGGUUAUUAAAUUUUAUUAUCACAACCUGCAUCUUUCACUGCUAUUUAAGCAGGGGUUGGCAGACUUUCUUCUGUAAAGGGCCAGAUAGUAAAUAUUUUAGGCUUCUGUGGACCAGAAGGUUUCUAUCGCAAGUACUCAGCUCUGCUGCUGUAGAGUGAAAGCAGUCAUAGGCAAUAUAUAAACAAACGAGCAUGGCCAUGCUCCAAUAAACUUAAUUUGUAAAAGCAGGUGGCUGCCAGGCUAUAGUCUGCCAACUACUCAUCUAAAUAUUGAUACAGAGGAUUCAGAUAUUCCAAAGCUAUAGUUACUGUUUUUGGUAGAUGAUGUCCCCCAACUUUUAACUUAUAGUUAAUAACCCAUAUAGUAAGAAAUAUCAGUUAUACUUUGGUAUAUAUUUCUUAAAUUUCUUAAUUAAUUAAAGAGGAUAAGAAGUAGCAUUGCUAAAAUCUGGUUCUUCUUUGUGUGCUAUAUAGAGGAUUGGGGUUGUUCAGUCUGAGACAUGUCUUCAGUUAUACCUGUUUUUUCAUGCUAAUGUUUCACCCAGUUAUGGAACACAAAUGUGAACCUUGAUGAUGUAGUAUAACUGUCCAUUGGACUGGACUCAGAAUCGUUUUGAAAAGAGAAUCUUGCCCAGAAUAUUCCUUUGACUCGCCUCUUGUAUGACUUCCUAUUCAACUGUGUAAUCUUGUUGGGAUCCUUAAUUUUUCUGAGAGAAUAUCACUUUACUCUCAGCUCAAAAGAUUAGUUAAAACAUGUGGUUCACUUUUAAUAGGCAGUCCAUACUGCCAAGUAAAGUUAUACUUGUUAUUUCAAACCCACUGCCUCCCAAAAUCUUUCAGAAGCUUAGCUGAAAUACUAUGUAGUAUUGCCUGGAGGAUGUCCAGCUUGUUUCCUUCUCUAAAUGUUCUAAAGUAGGUUAACCUAGAGGAGCGAAAAGUUGUCAAUGUAUCUAGUCUGAAUGGUAUUCAUUCCCUGUAGGGUAGCUUUUACUGAAUGGCUCUUUGUUUCAUGAUGCCUGCCAUCUGUACUAAGGAAGGAACAAUAAGAAACAGCCCUCUGAAACUGAUAUUUCUCUUGAAAGGAUGUUGUUGAUGACACUGUUAAUUGCCUUUGCAUUUUCUUCUUUAUGAAGCUCGAACUGGGUGGAGCCCACUGCAGCUCAACUAGGCCUGCCUGCCUUUGUAGACUCCACCUCUAGGGGCAGGGCAUAGCUGAACAAAAGGCAGCAGAAACUUGUGCAGACUUAAACAUCCCUGCCUGACAGCUUUGAAGAGAGCAGUGGUUCUCCCAGCACAGAGUCUGAGAUCUGAGAAUGGACAGAGUGCCUCCUCAAGUGGGUCCAUGACCCCCGAGUAGCCUAACUGGGAGACACCUCCCAGUAGGGGCCGACUAACACCUCAUACAGCCGGGUACCCCUCUGAGAUGAAGCUUCCAGAGAAAGGAUCAGGCAGCAACAUUUGCUGUUCUGCAAUUUUUGCUGUUCUGCACCGGGCAUGUUUUUCAACAGUUACCUCUCCUUCCCCUUCAGAAGCAUGUAAGGAGUUUUCUCCAAUUCUCACCCUAAGUCUUCUGGAGACAAAACUCAUGAAGGUAUGGGAGGCUCCCACUAGUUAGGCCCCCAGGAGUUUUUACCUCUCAGGCUAGGCUGCUGUCAGCUCCAGCAAUUAGCCAAUUCCCUUUGAAGUAUGUCUACCCAAUGCUGGCUCCAGUGGUGGUUUCUGAUCCAGGAGAUGUGGAAGAGGUCUCAGGAGUUUUCAAGGCCACAUCCAUCAGUGCACAUUGUGCUUAUGGAAUCUGUGAUGUCACUGCCUCCCCCGAUGAAAAUCAGCCCUGAAUCUGUUUGCCUUUAGGAAUUAACACCAGCAGAGGAGCAGUAAAACAACGUGGGAUUCUUCUGGCUUCUGGAGCCUCUGCAUAUGUCAAGACAAAAUUGCUUCACCAGUGAAUCAGGCACAGAGGAAAGACUACGGGAGGACACAGCAAGAAAGUGGCUUUCUGCAAGCCAGGAAGAGAGGCCUCCCCAGAAACCAACCCUGCUAGCAUAUCCAACCUCACAAAAGACUCAAGGAGAACUUCUGGCCUCCAGAACUUUGAGAAAAUGUCUACUGGAUCUUAGUGCAACAUUGCUCUGCAAACUUGAACCAGGGCAGAGUGAGAUAGCAGAGGAGCUGUGCCAGCGUCUACAGCGAAAGGAAAGGAUGCUGCAGGACCUUCUAAGUGAUCGAAACAAACAAGUGGUGGAACAUGAAAUGGAGAUUCAAGGCCUGCUUCGGUCUAUGAGCACCAGGGAGCAGGAAAGCCAAGGUUCAAUGCAGAUACCUUCCAGAGAUGAUAGCACUUCAUCGACUGCCAAAGAGGAUGCCAGCAUACCCAGAUCCACAUUAGGAGAGUUGGACACAGUUAAAGGGCUGGUGGAAAAAGAACUGAGUACUGCCAAAGAGGAACUUGAACUCAUGGCUAAAAAAGAAAGAGAAAGUCAGAUGGAACUUUCUGCUCUACAGUCCAUGAUGGCUGUGCAGGAAGAAGAGCCGCAGGUGCAGGCUGCUGAUAUGGAGUCUCUGACCAGGAACAUACAGAUCAAAGAAGAUCUCAUAAAGGUCUUUCAAAACUUUUUAAAGACCAUUGGAAAUGUUCACAGCUCAGAAUACCUGUAG